UGUGUGUGGCAUUGUUUUGACUUUCCAAACUAGUACAAAAUUAUGUACAAAAUUGUAAUACAUUAAUUAUAUAAAUUAACAUAUUCUGAAGAUACAUUACAUUAUUUCAAUUUAUCUAUUCUAAUUUAUUAUAAUAAAUUUUAAUUACAUUAUACUAAACAAAGUAUUCAUUAAAAUUCUUACACUGUAGAAAAGAAUAUUAAAAUUUUGUUGCUCUCCUGUGUAAAUUAAAUUGGUGUAUAGAUUACAUAAAAAGCAAACAUUACUUUAUUACAGUAAACAUACAUUACAAAAAUGACCUGAAGUUUAGUAUGUCAGAUUUAUCUUUAGGAAAUGUAGAAGUGUGGUUUCCUAGGAAACAUGUUAUAUUGCUAUGCAAUAAUGCAGAAAUGUCUGUGUGACUAUAUAGAUGAAAGAAAAUCAAUAACAGAACUUGCCAUGAUAAUGUAAGCAUGCUUGGUACUUAUAGAUAAGUCAGAAUUAUACACAAAUACUUAUUAUGUUACAUUUGGAAAUUACUUAUUUUCUAAGUACCUAUACAAAGUACCUGUGUACAAACAAUGACUGUGUGUACAUUAUAAAUGGAAUUUAUGCAUUGUUAUUUAACGUUUAAAUAAUAAGAGAUGAGUUGAAAGUGUAAGUCUUUUAUGUAACAUAACAUUUUAUUUUGUCAUGGAAGAUAGUGGAAUUGACAGUGACCCAAAGAACACUGGUCAUACAGAAGAUGAAAGACUUUUCUUGGGAAGUGAUAGUAGCUGUAGUAGCAAUCAAACACAAACAUCUCAACACAACUCUACUACUAAGCAACUACAAAAAAAACUUGAGGCAAGGAUUGAACAAGCCAAACGUAUUCAACGUAAUUCAGAUUACAUAAAGUUACCAAAAUAUGACAAAGGAAGUAAUAGUAGUAGUAGUACUGCUGGUUUAAUAUCAAUUCAACGGCUUCCCAUACCAAAUAAAAAUAAAGAACAUCUUCCUCUUGUUGAAUAUUGGCAUAGCGAUAGUGAAAGUGAAGGUGAAAUGACCCUUUUUCCACCAUCAAAGUCGAAAGAUUCCUCUAAGCACAAACAAGAUUUGACUGAUACUUUCAGUAUUGAAGAAUUAAGUGAAGAAAGUGAGGAUUCUUUAAAUUUAGGACCAGCACAACCAUCUCCAGAGCUAAAAUUUAUGCAAUCUUAUGGAUGUACAGAGGAAUGUUUUCGAUGCCAGUGCCAGAUAUUGUAAUUCACUGUUAUGUAUAUGUUUUAAGUAUAUUGAAGAUUAAUUAUUUUUUAUGUAUUGUUGAAUAUUAUUUAAUGUUUUGAAAUUUCAUAUAAUUAUGUGAUCAGAAGUUUUAUAUAUAUAUAUAUAGAACCGUGCAA